UAUUCAUUGCCCAGAAUGCCCACUGCCCAAUCGGCCAGUCGUGAACUCGUCAAUUAUACAAAAUUUCAAAUCUUGCACUUGGAUAUUGGAUAGUUGGAUUGGAUUACUACAAAAUACAAAAGUUCAAUAUAGAACCAAACAAAAUCUUCAUUCUAAUUAUCUAUUAGGCUACUCAUUAUUCACUUCCAACUAAAAGGUUUAUUUAAUCUACAAGAUUCCAGUAAAUUUCUUUGAGUUAUAACCUACAACGCAUUACAUGACAUUCAACGCUAAUGGUAACUCACAGGAUACAGAUUAUGGCGAAGAUUAUGAUUCGAAUUAUGAUCCCGAUUAUGACGAUGACAUGGAAGUAGAUGGAUCGUCGCUCGAUUCAAUCUCUGAAAUUGAACAUAUCUUAGACGAUAUUGAAAAUUCUAACUCCGAUGCUUCUGAAAUGUCAGGAUCAGAAACAGACAUGGAAGAAGACGCUUCAAGUCCUGAAACAGCAGAGCUGAAUGAUGCAGAUAGCACUGAUGAUGAUGAGGGAGAUGGGGAGGAUGAGGAGGAGGGGGGCGGGGAGGGAGCAGAUGUGGUGGUAAUUUCGGAUAAUGAAACUGCAACCGUCACGCCUCCAAUGGUGGAGAAUCUCACUCCAGCAAUCGUGGAUUUAGAGUCGAUUCCCACACCGGCACGCAACCUGGAACCCUGCAACACGCUUGGCGCUCCUACAGUAACGCCAUCACCAAAGAAACGAGGAGUUGCUGUAGAAGAAGGGCUCUCGUGCUCAAUUUGCCUGGACAGCAUAACGAAUAGUGGAGCGCAUCGGUUAGUGGCGCUCAAAUGUGGACAUGUUUUCGGCCACAAUUGUGUUGAACGCUGGCUUAAGACCGGGUGUUCGAAUGGAGCUCCCCGUUGCCCUGACUGCAAUAAAAAAGCAAAAAUAUCUGAUAUAAGAGUCAUCUAUGCUGAGAAACUGCAAGUUCUGGAUACGUCUGAGAUAGAAAGACUAAAAUUGGAAAGAGAUAAGGUAGUGACAGAAAAGAAUAUUCUUGCUAUGGAGUUGACCAGAACACAGACUUUGGUUCGGUUACAAGAUGAUAAAAUCAAGAUUCUUGAAAAACAGAGUGAACAGUUUAGAAUGAAUCCGAUGUGCACUUGUGCUUCAAAUCCUUCUCAAAGAAGUGCGCCCAAAAAAUCCAUGGAGUUUCUUCAGAUUAAUUCAAUUGAAAUCAACAAAGCAGGAGGAUGCCGAGUGCUUGCCUAUUCCAGUGGUUCAUUGGUCGUAUCACAGCUGUCAACGAACCCGCUGUUUGCUGGGUUUGGCGUGCGGAGACUUGAUGGCUUCGACCUGCGCUCAAUGCAAUUCGUGCAUCUGCACAAGAAGCCCAUCAGAGACAUGGCGUUCCACCCGACCGAGCCCAAUCUGCUGCUCACCUGUUCCCUCGACAAGCAAGCCAAAGUCAUCGACACCAACUCCAAUUCAACUAUUUUGUUGUUCAACGAUGACACAAUGCUGUGGUCGUGCGGCUGGAGCUCAUACAACCAGACCCAGCUGUACACGGGGUCGCAGAACGGCGUCGUGACGCUGUACGACACGCGGCAACCGGCACAAGUGCUGAGCACGUGGAAGUCGCCCAGUGACACGUCGCCGGUCAUCGCGCUGUCCGCUCUCUACAACGGCGGUCUACUCUCUUGCAGAUUCAACGCAGUGCAGCUGAUAGGUGGCAGAGACGUGGCAGCACCUGAGAGUGUGCUGAGUGACGGCCCAUUUGUGUCGAUGAGCUACAACAGCGCGUCGCAGAUGGUCGUGACCACCAGUCGCCCGUCGCAGCGAUCGCGCAGUGUGCGUCACAUCGUGUCCCAGCUAGGCGGACAGCUCAACAACAGCUGCCUCAACAACAUCCACACCUUCCAUCGUGGCACGUCUGAUUGAUUUCUACAUAGAUUGCAGGUUAGAUGCCUAGUGAGAUCGGAAUCCCCAUUCGAGACUAUUGUAUUCGAGAUUCGAAAACGAUUUUGAAGAUUAUAAGGUCAAAAGUAGGUACUCUUUAGUAUUAUUAUUGUUUAUUGUGAUAUUGAUAACUGUUUUUGUUGUUUAGCGAUAUUCCUAUUCAGAGAAUAUUAUCCCUUCCAAGAGGUCUAUAUGUUUGAUUCAAUCACUUCUAUUUGGCUGUGGGAACAUUAUCAAAAAAUAACUAAGUACUUUAAAUCAGAAAAAUAUUAUUGUGUUUACUGUAUUAUUUGUCUUAGAUCAGACAGAAAGAGAUUGCAAAAUAUGUUGAAUGAGCAGAUGACUGCCAGGCUACUACUCCCACUGUAGUAUGUCUACCUACCUUUAAAAACGAAUUGAGUAAAGAAACAACAUGUUUGUGUUUAUU